AUGGCAGAGGACGGAGAUGAAGAGGAGGUGAAGGGAGCGGAGGCAGUCGAGAGUUGGUACAACGCCCUCGGACUGCCCAAGCCCUUCACUGCCCCUCGCCGACUCUCAGAGGGCGUGUGGCGGCCAGACCUGCGCCUUGUCCAGCUCACCACCAACAAAGGGCAGUGGUUCAAGACGAUGGGGUUCUCUCACGGGAAGGAAGAGUUCUAUCACGUGGAGGAAGCCGUCUUCCUGGCCGAUCAGGCUCUACUGCGCAUUCUACAUCACGACGUGGAGCUGUCGCUGGCUCAGGUGUUUCGGCUGUUGAGCGAAGGCGGCGUGCCCCUGGACCACUACAUCGCCUACGCUCACCUCACUCGCCUGGGCUUCAUCCUCGCUCGCACCCGCUUGCCGCUUCAUGAGGGCCAAUCACCAGCUGCUGCAGAGGACCGGACGCCGCGCGUGCUGUUCGACGUGUGGAAGGCACAGAAGAAGGGCUUCAAGAAGAGCCAGGUGGACUCCCUUCGGCCUGACUUCCGCCUCUGCGUCGUCGGCCAGUCCGAUCCACCACCAUCACCGGCCCACAUCAGGUACGGCCUUUCCCCGUCUAAGUCUCUUGUUGUCCACUGA